UGUAUGCGGUGUUGUCUUGUACCUUUGGCUAAUAUGCUGUUAUGAGGUGACACAAGCUGUUAUUCAUGGCCACCAACUUACAAUAACUAGAAAACCCCACGUGGCAUUCACCCACAUGAGGAACAGCAACAUAGAAGAUCCACAAGGACUUUUGUCACUUUCCUUGUCACAUUGCUAUGAAAAUUCCAUAGUCCAUUGUAGGUCGGAUAUUACAACUUUUCUUGUCUAUAAAACAUCAGCUGUCCUUUUGGCCUUUCUUUCAGAACCCAACAAAAAACAGCGAUUGGUAGGAAAUACCUAAAAAUUCCUUUGGGGCCCCUAGAAAAGAUAUAAUCAAACAUUUCUAAGCAACCAUCUCUGAUGGUGGAAAAUAGAGAGGGUAGAUAAAGAGGAAGCUAAUGGAUGGAGUCAAGGAAAAAAUGGGUGCUCGCCAAUGAGAUCAAGCUCAACUGGCACUUCCUUCUCUUGAAAUUUCUAGGUGGAGGGAGACGUCAUGAAUUCAAAACCCAUUAGGUUUGCGUUCAACUUACCACCAAUCGAAAAAAUGGGGGCUCAAAGAAAAACCCUGCAGGACCUCUUUAAUCUGGAAUCCUACAAUAUGAAUAGAAUUAAGCAUGGCAGCAUCACUAGCAGGCCAUCCUUUUCUAAUUCUAUAAAUGAAGGCAUUCUUUCUAUUAUCUCUCACUGCACCUUCAUCUUCACCUUCACUGACCCUUUGGAAUCACCUUCAAAGCAAGAUCUGAAGCGAGUCAAGCUCACUCAGCUCCUCUCCAUCUUAAAAUCCUCCAAAAAACUCCAAGAUCAAAUUUUAGCGCCUCUCAUGUCCAUGCUAUCGACCAACCUGUUCCGGCCACUCCCUCCACCUUCCAACCCCAGCAUCAGCUCAGACUUGAUUGAUGAUGAAGACUCCAUUUCUUCUUUUCCACCAACAUGGUCACAUCUCCAAAUUGUUUAUGAUAUCCUAUUAAGAUUAGUUAUCAACAUGGAUCCUGAGACACUUCGAAACUAUGUCAAUCAUCCUUUCCUUCUCAAUCUCCUCUCUCUUUUCCGAUCCGAAGACCCAAGGGAACGUGAGAGCUUGAAGAAUGUGUACCACCGGAUAUAUUCAAGGUUCACAUUCUAUCGUUCAUUCAUGCGGAAAUCAAUGAAUGAUGUGUUCUUGCACUACAUAUUUGAAAAGGAGAGGCAUUGUGGCAUCGGAGAUCUUCUAGAGAUAUGGGGAACUCUCAUCAAUGGUUUUACAGUUCCACUCAAAGAAGAACAUAAGUUGUUUUUAAUGAGAGUGCUAAUUCCUUUGCACAAGACCAAGGGGAUGCAUACUUACCACAGGCAGCUGGCUUACUGUGUUUCUCAGUUUGUGCAGAAGGAGCCUGUGCUUGGAGGGGUUGUUUUUAGAGGAAUUUUGAGGUAUUGGCCCGUCACUAAUUGUCAGAAGGAGAUUUUACUAUUAGAGGAAUUGGAGGAGCUGGUGGAGAAUAUAAAUCCUGAUCAGUACAGAAAGUUAGCACUUCCUCUAUGUACCCAGAUUACGAAGUGUUCGAACAGUUGGAACUCACAGGUUGCUGAGCGUGCACUAUUUGUAUGGAACAAUGAACACUUUGUGAAGAUGGCAACACUGGAAAUAGAAGAAGUAUUUCCGAUUGUCGUUGAAGGUGUGGAGAGAAAUCUCAAAUGGCAUUGGAGUAAGAGCGUUCGGCAAUUUACAGAAAUUAUAAAGGAAAUGCUGGAAAAUUUGGAUUCAGCUUUGUACUCCAAAUGCCUCCAGGAAAUUGACCUCAGAGAAUACAGAGCUCGCCAAGAAGAGAUCAAGAGGAGAGAAAAAUGGGAGAGAAUAGAAAUGGCAGCAAAAUAGAAUCAGUUCCUCCAACCAUCACAUCGCAUAUGUGUUUCUCAUUGAAGAACAAGUGUCUACCAGGAGAGAAGGUAUUUCAUGCAUCUAAUAUAUGCUUCAUUCCUUUUACAGCACAUGGGUCAAACACAGUUGUGGAGCCUAUACGUUAGGAGAGGGAAGAUGCAUAUAUCCAAUGCGUGAGAUAAAUAUUGCUACCAAAUCUUUGUUGGCAAUUAAUGCAAAAUCCCAUUGAACAUUAGUAUCAUGGAAGAACAGUAGCAAGAUUGCUUGCUACUUGAUGAGCUGGACUGAGAAUAUUUCAGCAACAAGAAAAACCAUCUUAUACCUGAAACCAACAGGACAUGUAUGCCAGCCAAUCUAUGCAUAUACACAUGCAAUAUGUAUAUUAAAUUUGAAGUGGUUAGUUUUCCAACUAAAUAGGUUCCAAUCAUCACUAUAGGAUGAUUUUGGUGUUGAGAUUUGGGAGGUCCAUGAUGUAGUGAAGAUUGUAAGUUUGUAACACUAAAAGGUCUUUUAAUGUCCAUUAAACCAGUCAUUGAGAUCAAGCCAAUCAAGUCUUCAUGCUUCAACAACCAUAUAGGUGAACAAUAAAUUGGAAAACAUUUGGCAUAGUUUCAACUCUAA